AAUCAACCCCCGUGUGGCCGUAGAGUGGAUCUUAAUAUUUAGGGGGCUGGUUACUUACAGUAAGAAAAUGGAGAAAUUAUUAUCGUCAGCGAGUGAAGAUGGCAUUAAUUUAGAUUAUGUUUGCUCUGUUUUUGUUCAAAUAAAUGAGCUAAGAAAGGAAGGGAGCUUCUGUGAUGUUAUAGUUGAAUGUGACGAUUCAAGCAAAUUCCAAGGCCAUCGUAUAAUCUUGGCUUCAGCAAGUCCGUACUUCAGAGCUAUGUUUUCACAUAAUAUGCAAGAAUCACAACAAAAACUCAUCAAAAUUAGACAGAUCGAAUCUCGUGUUAUGGAAGAACUCUUUAACUUCGCCUAUUCUGGAAAGAGUAAACUUAUUUCAAAGGAUUUAGAGUUUGUGGAGAGGUUAUUGAUUGCCUCCAAUAUGUUACAAUUUCAGCAAGUUGAAGAAGCAUGUGUUCAAUUUAUUAAAGAUCAUUUAAACGUGAAGAACUACCAUAAGUUUUGGCUUCUCUCUCAGCAACAUCCUCAAAUGGCUUUGAAUGUUAUUCUUGAGGAAUUUAUCAUCAAACAUUUCUCUAAGAUUUCUCAGACUUCAGCUUUCCUUGAGCUAAGUGUGAAACAGCUUGAGAUGUGUAUAGUGCGUGAUGAUCUUUGUGUCAGCUCAGAGGCUCAAGUGUUUGAAGCAGUGAUGAAAUGGAUAAACCAUGACAAAGCAUUAAGGUCAUAUCAUAUGAAGUCAUUGAUUUCUAAAGUUAGAUUGGCAUUAUUAACAAAGUCCUAUCUAAAGGAAAAUAUUAUAAAAAAAGAUAUUUUCACAUCAGAAGAUAACUCUCACAUGCUAAAAGAUGCAUGUGAUUAUCAGGACUUUCCCGAAAGACGAUGUUUGUUGCGUAGUACAAACAACUCUCCACGAAAAGGCACACAGUGUUACAUUUAUAUAAUUGGUGGUUUUGAUCGAGUUGAGGAAAGGUUUUUAAACACGGUUGAUUGUUAUGAUACUGUUGCUAAAUGUUGGUUAACUGUUGCACCAAUGAGAACAGCUCGUAUAAGACAUGGAGUGACAGUCUUGGAUAACAUGAUAUACGCUGUUGGAGGACAAUGUGAUGAUGACAUAUCUGUAAGAUCAGUUGAAAGAUAUGAUCCUGUUGCUAAUGUGUGGUCAGAUGUCACUCCUAUGAAUGCUUGUAAAGGUCAACUGGCAGUUGCAGUUUAUGAUGGUAAAAUCUAUUGUAUUGGUGGAACAGAUGACCUUCUUAAGGUCAGUCUUAAUUCUGUCGAAUGUUAUGAUCCAGUUACUAAUAUUUGGACUCUUAUGUCACCAAUGCCGACAGCUAGAGGGGCUCUUGGUGUUGCCACUUUGAAUGAAAAAAUCUAUGCUGUGGGAGGAGGUGAUUUUAACGUAGCACUGCAUACAGUUGAAGUUUAUGAUCCAAAACAUGACAGUUGGUCAUCAAUUCCUUCAAUGAAUUAUGCAAGGGAUGUUUGGGAUACUUGUGUUAACAAUAAUCUUUAUGUGUUUGGUGGAGCGCACAUGCGCAAUGGUAUGAUGACGUAUUUAGAGGAAAGUAUUGAAUGUUACGAUCCUAACGUGAACCGCUGGAUGGUCGUAUCAGGGACAGAGGUCUCAUGUUGGGGGGUAGGGAUAUGCAAUGUUGCAUCUAGGGAUAAUGGGGAUUCGUGUGAACUCUUCGUUGUUGGUGGAAUUUAUGAAUUUACGGAACGUGAUAAGAUGUUACGUGUUCAUGUUUCGGAAAGACAAAUUUUCUGUGAACCAUUUCAUCAAGCUAAGGAAUUGAGUUGUCGUGUUCAUACAGGAGCAGUAACGUUAUGUUUGCCACCAAAUUCAUCAUGACAAGAACUAUACGACCUUCAUACAUUCACAUUUUGUAGCUCAUUUACUGAUGAUAACAUAGACACAAAAUUUUCUGAUAUGUGAAAACAUUAACAAAAAAUAAAAUGAAAGCAAAAAUA